GGGCAGGGAGCGGCGCUCGCCCUGCUGCUCCUCGGGCAGCCGGCGGGAGGAGCGGGCCUCGCCGGUGAGGACAGGCGGCGCGGAGCGCGGAAGGUAUUAACAUCUUCACUUUGAGAUGGUGGGCCUAGGAAACAGCCGCCGCGGGAUGAAGUCUCCACCCCUCCUAGUCGCGGCACUUGUGGCUUGUAUAAUAGUUCUGGGAUUCAAUUACUGGAUUGCAAGUUCCCGCAGUAUUGAUUUGCAGAACCGCGUAAUGGAGCUAGAAGGAAGAGUCCGCCGGGUGGCUGUAGAACGAGGUGCGGUAGAAAUUAAAAAAAAUGAAUUCCAAGGAGAGCUGCAAAAACAGAGGGAACAGAUUGACAGAAUUCAGAGCCUGCAUAACUUCCAGAUGGAAAACACUAACAAAAUACACAUGGAUGAGAAGGCAGUGCUGAUGAAUAACAUUACAACAAAUGAAAGACUGAUCCAGAAUUUGAAAGAAAACUUGAGGGGUCUGCAGAAGGAAUGUGGAAGGCUCCAACUUGACAUUUACAGGUUUAAGAAAAACCAGACAAACCUUCAGAAAAAAAUUACAUAUGACAUGUCUCAAUGUAUCAGUCAGAUGAAGGAACUGAAAGAACAAUGUGAAGAAAGGAUAGAAGCAGCCUGCAAGAAAGGCAGUCAGAUACCAGAAGACAUGAAGAAUAGUUCGAAAAUAUUAGAGAGAAAUGAUCAAAUAAAUAUUCAAGAGCCAACAGAGUUCGGGCAGCGUGACCUGACAAAACAGGGAAAUGAACUUCAAGGAAAACAUUACAUCUCUGAUGAUUCUUUGAAACUAGAAAUCUCAAAGCCAACGCCACCCAGCAUAAAAAAUGUGGCAGAACUAGUUUAUCAAAGAGAAAAAGGAACUGCUUUUGCUGUCAACGAAAAGGAACCCAAGGAAGAGGAACACUCUCUUGAACAGGACAACCUACAAAUAGCUGCUAAGCUUAACGCAGAUAAUAAAGGUCUGCCCCCAGAACCAGGAAUGGAAGAGAAGCCGUAUGAAGAAGUUAAAAAUGUACUUGAAGUAGCAGCAGAAAAGCAGGCAGGCAAAUUGGCAGAAGUUAUGCGCCAGCAAAAUGCCAAUCAAGCAAAAGCAGACGAUGAAGAAGUUGAACGAGAGCACCUUUUAAAUGAUGAGCUGCAGCAGGAUGAACAGGAGACCAGAAAGACUGGUGAAUUUGGAAUCAAAACAGCAAACCAGGAUAACGUAGUGGACUACAAUUUAGAAAUGAACGAGGCGGAAUCUGAAACAGAUAAGCAAGCUGCUCUUGUUGACAACCAAAGUAACUUUAAUGUCCAGAAACUUGAAGAUCCCAACAUGCAAAACCACUUAUUUAAGCUUGGCGAAGAACAUCAACAGAGGCUGUGAAUAAUGAGUUGUUGCAGGAAACAACUACAAACACUGAGACAAGGCUUGAAACCUUCAAGGCUUGAAAUGUCAGACUGAAGCGGAUCAAUUAGGGUUUAUUUAAAUAAUUUCUGACCUUAUUAACUUGUCUCCUGAUGUAAUGUUCUUACUAUUCCUAUGAAGUGUGCCAUGAAAACAUUUCAGGAGGAAGUCUUUU